AUGUCGUCAGUGAUGGGCAACGGACUGCCGCCGCCGCCGCCGCUGUCUCAGCAACAACGAACGCCGCAAUCGCCCAUCCAGGGCACUCCCGUGAUGAACUCGAUCUUGGAAGAAGAUUCGCCUAGCUCCACUGACCAGGAGUUCUUAACACCCGUUGUACGUGGCAAUAACGAAGCAUCUUUGUUAUCAUCAGCUCGUCCGUUUUUCGCUUCUCCGUCAGUAAGUCGGCCAACUUCGGCGCUGUAUUCAAGCAAGGACGGAAACAAUUCGAGUUCCAGUCUAAUCUAUAAUACGUCGUUCUCCUUCGGUGAAAAUAGUAAUGCGUCCACAGGUGGGGAAUCCAAAAGACAAUCGUUGAAGUACGUUCCAAGCCCGCAGCUGGCUCCUCCGACCACGAGAUCCAAGUCGCCGGUGAGAUCGGCGUCGCCCGACGCCAGAGAAAGUCGCCGGAAGAAACUGGAGGCUCCUUUCAAUUUCAGCCACACACCGGCAGCGAAUGGUUCGCGUACUUCUUUUCGUAAGGGCCAUCGUUAUAAGCAUUCGUCGGUCUCUAUGAACUUUUUCCAGGAACCCGAGGUCAAGAUCCCUCUCAACAUCGCUAAGUCGCUGCCCAUCCCGGAUUGGAAUGAUUUGGUGAAAAAUUUGGUAUGGCCAAGAGCGCACUUUCAGUUAGGUAUAACUUGCCUGCAGCUUAUUUCUUGUCUAUUUGUCUUCCAACUGGGUCACAGGAAAUCUUGGAGCAACUUCAUCACAUUGUCCCAUUUCAUUACUUACGAUAUUGUUGGUUCCCUCAUCAUUAUUCUCGUUGAAAAUCUUUCGCAGUUCGAAGUUUGGACUACGGGUACCAUCACAUUCCCUUUCGGACUGAAUAGAAUCGACGUCGUGUCAAGUUUCGCGUCUGCAGUGUCGCUUUGUUUUGUCGGACUUGAUCUGGUGUUUCACAUGAUUGAAGAGUGUAUCGUUUUAUUCGUGGAGUCCAGUCAGCGGAAUAACGAGAAUCAUCAAGAAAUUAACUCUCAAAUUCCUCAUUCUCAUCACUCGGAGCAUGGUCUUGAGUUGGCCGGCGAUGACUCUAAAAUUUGGUACUCGAUCUUGUUCAUUAACUUUGCGCUGUCAUCUUUGUCUCUGUUCAAAGUUUUCUAUGCUAACAAGAAUUCCAAGCUGAAGACCAAAAAUCCGUUGAUAACCAUUGCAUACACAUUGUACUUGGCGAUUCAUCCGUACCUUUUUGAGUAUCUACACUUCGUUUCUGAUUAUGUCGCUGCAACAAUGAUUGCCAUUUUCAUUUUAAUCCAUGGCUUUACUAUUGCAGAAUGGACGUCGACUAUCUUACUCCUUGGUUUCUCUACCACAGCGAUACCGGCUUCAUCACUACUGCACAAUCCGACCGCUACAGCUGAUAGUGGUGGUGGUUCCGAGAAAGGCAAGACUUCUGCUAGUUCUUUGAAAAGAAGGAACCAACAACCCUCCCUUCUGAAGUCACAGCUCAAAGAGAUGAUUGAAAAGCUGCCUGAGUUUAGAGCAAAGUGCGACCUGAGGGAUAAAGACCUCAUCAUUGCAAAGGUCAGCUUCAACCUGUAUAUCGUCCUUCUCAGAAUGAACUUGAAAGGUGGAUCUAAUGAGGAUGAGUUAAACUUACGUUUGGCUAUUGAUAAAUGCAUAAAGGACAUGCUACCAUGUUCAGAAACAACCAUCGAAAUAGAUAGAGUAUGA